UGGCGCUGUUAUCGGAUAAGUCAAGGAUGUGACCUCGACGGUCUUCACGCUCUCAGUCCCAACUCCCAAGGUAAUAUUAGGCUUGUGGAAGAUAAAGCGGAGGAGAUCCAUGGCUAGGGUUCGAAGCAACUACGUACCAUCAAAGCAGGCCACCUUGAUCUGGAUCUCCUCCGCCUUCCUCUUCUAUCUCACGUUCCGAGUUGCCAUGGAAAACUCCUCCUUGCCCAAUUCCGAAUCCCCUGCGUCGAUCGCGGAUCGGCGUUCGCGUUUGUACGAUAAGAUGGCGCGGGAUUUGGAUGAGAACGGCGCGACCUUCCUUAAAGGCGGAGAGACUUCGCAGAGUCUAGCUCUUUCUGAUAUUUUUGUUCUGAAGGAUGGCGCAGUCACUCCGGUACUUAAGGCUGCUAAUCCUCCAGUUCGAGCAAAUGUGCUUUACCUGAGUAGGGAAUUUUCGACGCCUAUCUCAGACGCUGUCAGAGAGAUCUUUCUUCCCUAUUUUGAUGGAGUCAUCUGGUUUCAAAAUGCAAGUCUAUAUCACUUCAGUAUGUUCCAUGCCUCCCAUCAUCUAACACCUGUUAUUGCAACUGAAAAUGAGAUUGAAGCUGAAGCAAGUGCUAUUAAAGGCGUUGCAGACGUUCUUUGCCCCCUGAAGAUUGUCUUGGAUAGAGUGGUGCUGACGUCAACUGGUGUGCUUCUAGGAUGUUGGCAGGUCCUCUCUGGUUCAGAUCCUACAAUGAUUCGUGCAAAAUUAAGGAAUGCCCUUCCACGUGCACCUGAAAAGCAACUGUAUGACCCUGUUUUGCUUCACACUUCCUUUGCGAGACUUCUAGGACACCCGAAAGUCCAAAUCAAGGAGAUGAAGAAACCAUAUGACCCACUACAGUUCUUUGAUGAGCUUGUUGCACAAGUUAACAAUAAGAUUCGUGGUUUUGAGGCAGCUGUAUCAGAGCUCUGGUUUGUGGAAGAAUAUGAUGUCCUAGCGCUUGCAUUGAACGGAAGAAUCAAGACAAGGAGAUUCCAUCUUGGCUGCCAAGGAAAUUAAAACCUUUAAAGUAGAAGUGUGAUUUUCGAAUAAGAAAUCUUUGUAUGAUAGAAUAUUGAUAUGGCAGUCGUAUGGUUAGGCAACCCUCAUGAAACUACGGUAGGCUUAAAGCAGUACAACAUAAGGACGGGCCUCAUGUCGAUGGUGCUUCUACCAACAAGAUUCUAGGUGGAUAUGCAUAGAUUAGUGCAGGAUUUUUCAAGUUAUGUUCUGUUAUAACUUUGCUCUUUGUACCACGGAGAUAAAUAUGUGCAAAACUAUGUAUUUUAUAUGUAAUUAUUGGAUGCACAAGCUGUUUGCCCAUUUACUUAAGGGUAAAAUGCAAACUAAAUUUAUAUCAUCAA